GCGUCGACUCCCUGAAGGUCUAGGCGAAUCACGUGAAUAACACUUCUCUCAGCUUGUGGCAUCAAAAGGAUCAUUUCAGCUUGGCCAAUCUCUAAACAUCGCACAUUCAAGUAUAUUCCGGGUUUGAAACAAGUAGAUCGUUGCUUAUACUUGUUAGAUAAAGACUUUUUACCCCACCUUACUACCCCGCACCCCGCUUCUCUCGUCUUUGCUCCCAUUUUGUCAUUUUAGAUAUCUCAAAGACUACAUUCUCAAUAGCAAGACACAAGACUUCACCAUGUCCGCAGAAACCAUAACAGAAGAAGCUCAACGUGCAGCCUACCUGUCAAACGCCCAAACCAAAGCUCUCCAUCUCUUCGAAGAGAUCGAGCGUACCCUCAUCCGCCCCGGUGUGACCGAGAAAGACAUCAGCAAAGAAAUCUUCCAACUGGCAUCAGACCGCUUCGGUGUCACUAAUCAUUGGCACAAGCGCGUCGUCAGGAGUGGACCCCAUACCUUGUUACCAUACGCAGAGAACCCAGCCGACCGCACGAUUGAAGCCGAUGACAUUCUCUUCGUUGAUCUCGGCCCUGUAUUUGAAGCAUGGGAAGCCGAUUUUGGACGAACCUUUGUACUCGGAGACGAUCCCGUCAAGCAUCGCUUACGAGACUCGUUGGAACCGGUAUGGCUAGCUACCAAGAAGGAGUAUAAAGCCAACCCGGACAUGACGGGCGAGGAGCUUUACGAUACCGCCUGCCGGAAAGCAAAAGAGGCUGGAUGGGAAUUUGGCGGACAGAUUGCGGGCCAUCUCGUUGGUUCUUUUCCUCACGAGCGGAUUCCGAAUGACAGAAUUACCCUCUAUAUUGCAAAGGGCAGCAAUCAGCCUAUGAGUCUUUUGAAUGCAUCGGGACAAAAGCGGCAUUGGAUUUUGGAAAUUCAUCUUGUUGAUCGUGCUCGGGAAAUUGGAGCAUUUUAUGAGCAACUUCUCACGGUUGAUUGAAAAUGGAUGAAGCGAAGACUUGAGCGAUGAAAAUAUUGGUCGAAUGUUCUUCAGGUACACUGCCGUUGUCAGACUACAUGUUAGUGGAAACAUUGGAAUUUCAUAGACUAUGAUUCAUCUGAGAAUCAGAAACAGAACCAUCCUGAAUAAGGGUUGUUGAAUCGAUGGAGACUUUUUACGUGUCUGGCUUUCAAGAAACGGAAGUACUCGGGAAGCUGGCUGAAUUGAAUGCAGUCCUUCACGAUUCGAUGACAUUAUAUGAGAGCCUCUUCAAGACCCAAUGGGCCACUUGACCCCUGAAUCAGGAGUGUCCAGUAACUUUCCUUAGCGAGUCGCCAAAUCAUUUACUGAAGCUAUAAUAUUACAUCAGCA